GCGCAUGCGCAGUCUCGUAAAGAAGCACAUAUGGAUGGGUAGCAAAACUCGACAGAACACCGGGGUAGGAGGGGAGGAGUCCGGCUUGAUUGACGGUGUUUUCUGGGGGCACGGCGGAGCAAGUAAUCUGGCAAACUGACCACAGCCACACCGCCGAGCCCGGCGAGAGAAUCGAUUAUAAUUUUUGGCGAAUUCGGUUCGAGAUUAUUUCUACGCGAAUGUCUGAGAAACGGCGGGACGGAGGAAUCUGCGGACUUGUAUCACCGGUGCUGGCCGGACAGAGCGCCUGUCGGAGCGGAUAAUGCUGAAGAUGAGGCUGCCGGCGAGAGCGGCGGCAGUGGCAGCGGGGGAGGGAGGCGACGCAGCCGGGGGGGAGCGCCGGGAAGGCGUGGAGCGCUGCUCUGGCUGCCCGCUCCAGCAGCUGGAUAAGGAGGCGGUGUUCGAGUGGUUCGGGCUGCGGCUGAGCCCGGCCAGGCGUGUAGAGCUCAUGUGCGGUCUCCUCCACAUGUGCCAGCCGCUGGAGCUCCGGUUCCUCGGCUGCUGCCUGGAGGAUCUGGCCCGGAAAGACUUCCACGUCCUGCGGGACUUCGAGGCGCGGGCGAACAGCCCCGCGGACCUGGCGCAGCUGACGGACGUGGCCGACCCCGUGGUGCUGUCGCGGCUGCUGGUCUGCCUCUCCCUGCUGGGUUCCAAGAACCGGGAAUGUGCGGCGGUUCUCUACAGGACGCUCGGCAGCGUGGACGCGCUGCACUCGGGGCUGCACGCCGGCCCGCGGCGCUGUGAGGGCGGGCUGGAGGAGGCGGCGGAGCCGGUGGUGACCCUGGAGCAGCUGGGGUUACUCUUCACCAUGGCCUCCCUACACCCGGCCUUCACCUUCCACCAGCGGGAGGUGGUCAGAGCCCAGCUGGAGAGCGUGGAGGCGCUCAUGGAGGAGAGGAGGACCAGCAGCAGCAGCUCCAAAACGCAAACUCUGCAGAACGAGUUCUCUCGGCCAGAUUACCUGUGUUCACACACUGAGGGGAGGAGAACGUGGCCUUCGUGUUCAGGAGCAGUCCAGCACCACAACAACAUGCCUCAGAGACAAGUGGUGCACAUUGAGAAGAUCGUACUGAAGAACAUCUCUCUGGGAGGCGACUGCAGACAGUACAAUUUUGAGGUUACAUGGUCAGACUCCUCGUCCACUGCUGUGAUUAAGAGUGAGCGUGAGCUGCAGGACUUCCUGCUGAAGGUGUGUAAGGAUGAGAGCGGGACAAGGUUAGAGCAGGGUAUUGUGGGUAUUGUGGGUGUGCUGAGUCAGGUUGAAGGUGAGCACAGGGAGCUGGAGGGAACGCUCAGGGAGAUGUUUUUAUCCGUACCGCAGGAGUUCCUGCAGCUCUGCCAGGUCUCCGGCUUCCUCCUGCCUGAUGCGUCUCCGCUGCACUGCAGCCGCUGUAACAGUACACCAGGAGCUCGAACACGCCAACCAGCAUCUCACUUCUCAGAGGACUGCUCAGAGACUUCCAGUCUGGAAGAAGAUGUUGAUGCCUAUGGAGUAUCCUGCCCAAGGAACCUUACACACAGUGCCAGACACACUGGGCAUGGGAAGCAGCAGUCAGAGCUCAGCCAAUGGGAUUCCAGCAGGAGGAGCGGCCACAGUGAAUUGAAUGGGGAGGUGAAGGGAUGGAGGCGGAGCUCCCAGCAGUGUGGGGUGGAGUCACAACAGGAGUGUGAGAACUCUGUGAUGUGUACAUCCACACAGAACUGCACAGAGGAGAGGAACACACUGAAGAACAAACCGAGGCCGGCUGGGAAAAGGGACAGAAGCAGGAGGACCACUGCUGGGAAAAGUAGCUCAGUAGCCAAUGGGAUUCAGAGAGCGCCUGCAGUACAGAUGAUCAACCAGACCACGUGUAAAGCUACAGGCCAAGAAACAUACGGAGAAACAUCAUCUGAGAGCUCCAACUCUGUGCCGUCCAGCCCUGUGCACCACCAGCGCAGCCUGGAGACCCAAGACACAGAGAGUCAGUCAGAUAACUCCACCCAGGAGCCGGCCAACAAACCCCACCUCUCCAAGAGUGUUGGACGGAAAGCCGUGGCGAUGGUGAACCCUCUGGUGUCAGAUCUGGAGCGACCGUGUCCGGACGUCCCCCAUUCCUCGGCCGUGGUGGAGCUGGCCCUGAGCUCCUGCCUCCCCUACGCCCUGCAGUACAGCCCCGCCCACAGAGACGCAGGCAAGCCUGGAGAGAACAAGCUGACCAUCACCAUCCCUCUGACCCAGCAGAACCACAGGUCCACCCGGCACACUGCUGCCACAGCUGCCGCCACCAGAGACCCAGCGGAGACGACCGCCGUACCCCAGCCACAGCAGCUCCCCAUGGGCGCCAUCAGUGUGCUCUCACCCGCACAGUGCCCCCUACAGCCUGCCUGCCCUGACCUGACACAACCACAACCACAGACUCAAGCUCCACCCACCAUCACUUCUUCUCCUGUAGGGAAGAUCAAACCCACUGGACCGCCUCUGAUACCCCAUACCACAUCCUGCCACGGCCCUGUGCCACCUGCCACUCACACCCACAGCACAUCUCAGAGUGAGACGCCCACAUCUUACAUUAACAGCGGCAACAGUUGCACUGGACCCGGCACACCCCUCCCGCCACAGACCCAACCCAGCGUCCAGCAGCCACCACAGCAACAGCCACAGCAGCAGUCGAGCUGCAACACCUGCGGCUGCCGUGGCAGCUGUGGAGGAAGCGGCGCCCACCAGUCCACCAACCAGUCACCCAAUUUCUUCCUGCCGCCUCACACCGCGCGCCAGAUAUUCGGCCCGCCACCUCCGUUCUUCCACCUGCCUCCAUCGCUCUGCAGCACCACCACCUUUCCCAGCCAGGCCCACCAGAGCAACGGCGCCCCCCACCUGCCCUUCUACGCCCACACCUCACCUACUGCUGCCUUCGCAGGCUCCGCCCUCCUUCACGCCCACUCCGACCACCUUCUGGCCACCCAGCCAGGAUACGCUCUGCCCCAGCUCGGGCCAUUCGGCCGCCUGUACCCGCCCCUCUUCCCGCCGGUGGGCGUGGUGCCAGGGGCAGCGGGGCUGAAGAAGGGCGGGGGAGUGUCCUGCUAUAACUGCGGGAUGAGCGGACACUACGCACAGGAAUGCAAGCAGCCGUCCAUGGACGCGGGGCAGCCAGGAGGCUUCCGGCUUAAGUACGUUGCCCCACACUCUGCAGAAGCUCUGGAUAAAGCUGUUUGACGGCGGAGAACCGAGGAACCCCUGUUUCACUUUGAGUAGAGUAACCUCCAGAGCGCCCCCUACUGUUAAAGCGAUGGGAUUAUUUUUGGAACUGUUUGAAUCAGCCCUUGACUUUACAAGCUGGAUUUAAUACAGACUCGCUGAGGAUGCUGAUAAUGGACUACGCCAACUUCCAUUGGUUGGUUUGUUCUUUUGGUUCCAUUGGUUGGUUUGUUCUUUGGUUUCGUUUUUUUUUUUUUUGUUCAUUCAUUUGUUCAUUCGUUCAUUGGUUUUCCAGUAUAGACUGCCAUCCGUGACUCUUAAGGCCUGAGCCAAAGGACCCUCGAGCUUCUGUGUGAAGAUUUAUUUUAAAGGUUUGGAUGCUGAGAGGAUUAUAAAGGAGUGAUGCUUCCAUUAAUCUGAGAUCAUAUCACCCAGGAUUUCGGCCCUAAACGAGGAGAAAUCGUGAAUCUUAACUCGAGUACUUAGUUGCCUCUCUUUUUUUCUCUUUUUUUUUCAUUUGACUCGUUUUAUGGAGGCUUGGGGACAUUUCUGAAGUUUUUAUAUCUUCGCUAUGAGCAGCUAAGAGUUAAAAAAAAAAGACGAAAAGACUAAAAACAGACUGGUUUACUCUUCAUUUACUGUUCAUUUGAUUUAAUUUUUUUUUUUGAGCCAGUUAAAGAUUCUUUAACACUUGCAUUACGUUACAUACACUACUUUUGGUAUGUUUUUUUGUUUGUUUCUGAAUGUAAACUACAUUACUAGUCCAGAGAUGUUGUACUGUGAAGAAUAAGAAGAAAAGAAAAAGAACAAACAAAAGAAAAAAAAAAUCCUGGUUCAGUCAUUUUAGUUAGUUUUAGUUUAGUUUAGUUUGGUUUUCUUUGGUUUCGGAGUUGAUGCACUACAACAAGUAAUGUUCUCAGAAGAUGCCUGUACUGUGUGUGAGUGCGUAAAAGCUCCACUGAUCAUAUACAGGUGCAUCUCAAAAAAUUGGAAUAUCAUUGAAAAAAGUUACUUUAUUUCAGAAAUGAAUAUAUUAAAUAGAUGUAUUAAACACAGAGUGAUCUAUUUUAAACAUUUAUUUAUUUCAUUGUUGAUGUUUAUGGCUUCCAGCCAAUAAAAAACCCAAAAAUCAGUUUCUCAGAAAAUUUGAAUAUUAUAUAAGACCUAUUUGUACUACUGUCCUGCUGAAGUCCUGCUGGAAAAUGAAAUCUGCAUCUCCAUAAAAGUUGUCAGUAGCAGAGGGAAGAAGCAUGAAGUGCUGUAAGAUUUUGUGGGAAAACAAAACUGCACUGACUUUAGACUUGAUAAUAAAACACAGUGGAUCAACACCAGCAGAUGACAUGUCUCUUUAUCCAAACCAUCACUGAUUGGUGGAAACUUCACACUAGACCUCAAGCAGUUUGGACUGUGUGUCUCUCCACUCUUCCUCCAGACUCUGAUUUCUCCCUUGAUUUAUAAAUGAAAUGUAAAAUUUACUGAUGAUCAGUGAUGGUUUGGAGAGACACGUCAUCUGCUGGUGUUGAUCCACUGUGUUUUAUUAUCAAGUCUAAAGUCAGUGCAGUUUUGUUUUACGGACAACUUUUAGGAAGAUGCAGAUUUCAUUUUCCAGCAGGACUUGGCACACUGCCCACACUGCCAAAAGUACCAAUUGGUCUUAUAUAAUAUUCUAAUUUUCUGAGACACUGAUUUCUGGGUUUGUCAUUGGCUGUAAGCCAUAAUCAUCAACAAUAAAAGAAAUAAACGCUUAAACUAGAUCACUCUGUGUGUAAUACAUCUAUAUAAUAAUAUUUUUAGAUGCACCUGUAGGUAGAUACACUUUGUAGUUCUGUGUAAUUACAGACUAGUAAUGUAUCUGUUUCUCUGUAUACUUUAUUAUUAUUAUUAUUAUUAUUAUUAUUAUUAUUAUUAUUAUUAUUAUUAUUAUUAUUAUCUUCCUUCCACCCUAUUCUUCAGUGCUCAGGACCCCACAGGAUAGACCACAUGUAUACAGAGAUACAGUCUAUAAUUAUAAUUAUUAUAAUUAUAGAACUGUUAAGUGCUCCUUUAUUAUCGUUUGUGCUGAUGAAUUGACAGCGAGGUGGUCAUAAUGUUCUGAAAUAUGACUGUGUAUGAAUGAAUGAAUGAAUGAAUGAAUAGUGUCUAUAAGUGCACUGAUGUAUGAUCACUGCCUCCAAGUUUUGUAGAAUUUGUCGCUUUUGACCACCAGAGGACGCCAAGCCACUGCAUGCUGAGCUCUGCUGGGUCGUGCAUGAUGAGUUCAAGCUGAAUUUGACCAUCAACAGCAGUUUUAUAAAGCGCUAGAGUGCAUCUUCACAUUGGGACAGAUGUCAGACAUGCCGUGUUUGUGAAGAACUUUUUAUUAUUAUUAAUAUCAUUAUUUAUUAGUAUCCCUUUUUGUACAGGGGUUGGACAAUGAAACUGAAACACCUGGUUUUAGAGCACAAUAAUUGAUUGUGGUGACGGACAGUUCUGGUGGAAACAGGAGAGUUGAGGUGCACAUUGAAUUCUGCCGUGAUUUGAUCAGCCGUGGUUUUAUGUUUUUUUGGAUACAAUCCGGGUUAGCACCCGAACAUCCCUUUCAGACAGCUUCCUCUUACAGCGUCCACAGUUAAUCCUGUUGGAUGUGGUUGGUCCUUCUUGGUGGUAUGCUGGCAUUACCCUGGAUACCGUGGCUCUUGAUGCAUCACAAAGACUUGCUGUUUUGGUCACAGAUGCUCCAGCAAGACGUGCACCAACAAUUUGUCCUCUUUUGAACUCUGGUAUGUCAUCCAUAAUGUUGUGUGUAUUGUAAUAUUUAGAGCAGAACUGUGCUCUUACCCUGCUAAUUGAACCUUCACUCUCUGCUCUUACUGGUGCAAUAAUGUGCAAUUAAUGAAGAUUGGCCACCAGGCUGCUCCAAUUUAACCAUGAAACCUCCCACACUAAAAUAACAGGUGUUUCAGUUUUAUUGUCCAAACCCUGUAGCUCAAAAAAAACAAAACAAAGCCAGACUGUGUUGAGCCAUUGGAUGCCGGAACUGAAGGAAUUUAAGACUUAAAAAUUCUUUCCCACUAUUUUUUGACUUGAUUUAAAGGAGAAAUCUGGUGUAAAAUAGACUUUAGCUGUAGUGAAACAUGAUAACGAGUACAAACUUUUGUCAAAUAGCCCACCUCCAUUUUCCCCCAGCAUUGUGAAAUACAGCACUUUAACCCGAUGCUCCCAACAGGCUUACUAUGCGAGUGAUAGGGGCAUAGAGUUGCCAAUGCAACCAAACUGAAGGUACUAUGUAUAUAAAGAUUGUUUUAAUAAAUUAUCUGUGCUCUUUCAAAGCUCUUAGUGGCUCGUUUUAAACGUCAGAACCCUCAUAAUUCUACUAAUGAAAGUUUGGAGAAACUUUGAGUUUGUUAAUGGUGUAAAAAUAGUGAUCAAAUUUAUGCCCCCAUCACUUGCAUUAUAAAUCUGUUGGGUGUAUCAGGUAAAAGCUCUGUAUUUGGGAAUGCUAGGGGUAAACUAAGGUGGGCUAUUCUACAAAAGUUUGUACUCGUUAUCAUGUUUCAUUACAACCUAAAUUCAUUUAACACCAAACUUCUCCUUUAAGCUGUUCACAUCAUGAGUCUAAAGUAUCUGGAUUAAGCAUAUAAUAAGUAUAAACACACUGAAUUUAAUGAGACAUUUAAUUCAGAUAUAUAUACAUUCUGAAACGUUCUUUUUUUUUUUUUUUUGCUUUUUUCUUUACUUUAUUUAAUACAAUUCCAGAAGCAAAAGGUUGCAUACAUGCAUAUAUUUGUGCCUAGUAAUUUUUUGAGUAUUGUUACAAAAUAAGAGUCUUAGUUUGUGUAGAAAAAAAAAAAAAAUUAAAAAGCAACUAUCCUUACUAUACUAAAAAAAGAAGAAGCCACAGUGAAACGUCCCUCUGUUUUAUAUGGACAAUUUUUGGCGUGUGGUAUUUUGUACUGAUUCAUGGAAUUAAUUGUUUAAAAUCGUGCUUUUAUUUUGAAGAGCCUGUUGCCUUUUGAGAAAAAAAACAACCCAUACCUGCACAUCUAUAUCUCUCUAUAAAUUUAGUUCCAUAAGUUACAGUGUAAACGCUUGACCUCCUGUUUGACUCCAUUAAUGACAGGCCUUGCCUUUGAUACUUUUUUCUUUUUUUUUAUUAUAAAUUAUUAUUAAUAUUAUUUUUAUUUUUUAUUUUUUGCAUGUGCUGACCCAAAUUAUUUGAGUUAUUUGACUUAUUGUUCCCGGGUUGCUGUACAGCUCUUCUAGAAGCUGUCUGAAGUCUUUAUUAAGUAUUUAGUUGGAAAUCUCAGAAUAUCCUGCCACUUGUAUUAGUUAAAGGUUUUAGAAUGGGUGAAAGACGUUUAAGAAACUGUACUGUAUAAAAUAAGAGUUGAGUUUUUUUUGUUUGUUUUAUUGUAUUAUUAUAAUUAUUAUUGUUAUUAUUUAGGCCUCAGAGUUUGUUUACAGUAUUUCCUAUGUAAAUGUUGAUUUAAAUAUGAUGUACUGAAGAGGUCACGGUUUAUCUCUGAUCAUAUUUGCAUUUUAAGCAAAUUGAGCAUUUUCUCUGUCGCGUUAUUAGCAAUAAAUGUUCAAAAAAACCAAAAACAAAAUGUGCAUGGAUUAUUCUAAAGUCAUAAAAUGUCGUUUUAAAGUGUUAAACAGACCAAAAUCCUCUGUGAAGUAUUUAGGUGCUCUUAUCUUCCUAUCCUGGGGCGGUCCUGAUGAGUGCCAGUUUCAUCAUGAUCAUUGUUUUUGAUGGUCUUUGCGGCUGCACGUGAGGAUACUUUCCAAAAAAAAUAUUUUAU